AUAAGCGUAUUGGCGAGAUCAAUGUUAACUUUCGUUGGAUGUUGUAUAUUAGAAGGUUCAUAAGUAAAACACUUUAGAAGUUACAAAUGUGUUAACAGAAAGAGAAAAAAAGAGAGGCCAAUAUAGACGCUUUAGUUAAGAAAAAUGUAACCCGAUAAAAUCGUUUCGGAUUUUUAAUUUAAAAAAGCAUUGAACAUGGAGGUUGAAAUGGAAGUAUUAAUUCCGGUAGCUGUUCUGUUGAUAGUGCUCAUAAUCGUCGUCAUUAUUUUAAUAUGUCGAUAUUAUGUCUGCACCAUGAUCGGAGACAAAAAAAGAAACUAUAGAAGACUAAGUAUGGGCUUCUCACAUAGCAAGGGUUAUCCACUGAUGCCGAGUUUUCCGAGCCCUGGACAUACCACAGCGAGAGAACAGCAAAUACCACUGGAGGAUCAAUUCUCAAAUUCGAUAGUCAUACCACCUUACAGAAAACAGAGACCGUCGUUACCUAACGGAACCCUACGACAUGAAUCACUACCUGUUACGGACUCGGACGAUGGGAAGUUUAUAUAUUGGACCCGAUCCCCAAGUUCCUCUGCUGCCAGUGGUCACGAAAGCAGUUUAUCUCCUCCAUUAUCAGAAGUUAGCGCUGGUAGUGAAAGAUCUUACCCGUCGUUAAGUAAACCGAUAACCAAGCAAUACAGGGACAGGUUUCGUUCUGAACCAACCUUAACAGGUUUGGGAAAAUUCGAAGAUAUGGAAAAGCCUAAAAAACGCCGUCCUUCAAAUGCUAAAAAGCCUUCACGGAAACCUUCUUCGACUUGUUUAUCCGUGAUAAGUCCUGCGGGGGGUCAAGUUGAAUUCGGAUUAUAUUACGAUACCGAAACAAGAACUCUCGAUAUUACGGUCAAUCAGUUACUGGAUUUAACAUUGCGGCCUGAAACAUUUUUAAGUGUGUUAGAAGUAUAUGAAAAACACGAGAGGCCAAAAUCGAAUAAAGUUUAUUUGAAGAAGAGAGCGGACGGGAGUUAUGAAUUGAGUGACUCCUCCAACAUGGCAUUUUUAGUUUAUGUUACAUUACUACCAAAACGAACAUUUCGAAAACACACCAAUGUUGUUUUUGGUACAGGAAAUGUUGUAUUCAAUGAAAAACUUUCAAUAGCUGGGUAUUCUACGGAACAGUUAGCAGCAUUUCAGUUAUGUUUUCAUGCAUUAUGCAAAUUAGGCCGCGAUGGAGAGCCAAUUGUGUUGGGGGAGGUUAUCAUCCCAUUGAAGCGUUUACAAACAUCAAAAUUUCUUCCGUUCGUGUCGAAUCUAAAACCACCAACUGAAGUACUGGAGAUUGAAAACUAUCUGAGACCUUCAACCGACCUUGGUUAUUUGGAUGUGUUCAUCUCAUUUAACCCAAUUGCACAGAAACUGGUUGUAAAGAUUGUACAAGCCGUAGGACUUCCAAAAAUUGGUGUCACAGGUCAUCCAAAUGUCGCUGUGAAAACGAGUUUGUAUUACUGCAACAAUCGAAUCAACAAGAAAACAACGGGAAUUAAAAAAAGGGCCCGCGACCCUGUAUAUAACUACACAUUUGAAUUUGAACUGAGUAAAGACAAGGUUCUUGACUGUGACUUAUUAUGUGAAGUACGUCAUCACGGACCGAUGUAUAGAACUGUGAUUGGUUAUGUCACCAUUGGCAGCUCUGCUGGGGGUGAAGGGGAAAAACAUUGGAAAUCUUUGAUCGAUUUUUCGUCUGAUCAUGAAAAGAGACACAAAAUUAUGGCGCAUAAACCUAUUGCGUUGCUAUAAUCUAAAAAGUUAAAACAUAAAUAUAAAUAAUAAAUAAAUAAAUAAUUAUGGGAAUUAAAAGUAGAAAACAACAAAUCAGCUGGCUGGUCUGGUUAUUAUAUAUUUUAAAACUGUUUAUAUUCUUUUACUUAUAGUUGGUCGAGGACGGAUAGCUUAAACCACAAAGUUUUUCAAACCUUUUCCUUACGACUCAAAUUAUAACUGUCUUUUUAGUAGCCCUUUUUUCAAGUUUUCAUAUUUUUUUAUCAAUCAUUUCAUUUGUUCGUCGACUUUGAAUACACAUUUUCUUUGAUAAAUAUAAAAAAGAAAAAAAUAUGGGGGUGGGAUUUUUCUAUUUUAUAUGGUUGUAAAUAUGAUGGCGAAAGGUGAUUUUUAGAUGUUAUUUGAGAUGGAGAAAGAUGUUAAUUCAGCUGUGAGCUAUUUCCCUUUUC